AUGCAUGCUUUAAUAUCUUUAUUCGCGGAAAAUUGGCAUCUUUUUCGUUUGUAUUUUGUCUCGGAAGAACGUUUCUAUGCACGAAUUAUGUUUUUUGUUUUAAUUAUUAUGGAAUUAAUGACGAUUGGUUUGGAUGUAUUAUUAACAUAUUGGAGUAAAAAUUUUCUUAAUGCAUUACAAAAUUAUGAUCAAUCGGCUUUUUUUCAUUCAUUAUUACAAUUUUGUUUUCUUGCUGCUACAAUUAUAAUUAUAUCUGUUCAUAAAACUUAUUUAUCACAAACACUUUUACUUUAUUGGAGACGUUGGAUGACAAAUGAUUUUCUUAAAAGAUAUUUAGAUCAUCAUGCUUAUUAUGAAAUGUCAUUUAUGAAAAAUAAUCGACAAAAUAUACAGGAUAGAAAUGAUAAUCCUGAUCAAAGAAUAUCAUCGGAUAUUAGUAUAUAUAUUAUAAGCAUUUUUGAGUUAACAAUUGGUCUAUUGAGUACAUGUGUUUCAUUGGUAUGUUAUGUUAUUCUACUUUGGUCUCUUUCUGGUGUAAUUAAAAUUAAUUUUACUCAAAAUUUAUCAUGUUCAGUUCGAGGAAUUAUGGUUUGGGCAGCUCUUAUCUAUGCUGGAUUAGGUACUAUAAUUACAAAUUUGAUCGGUCGAGUUCUCUUUCAUUUAAAAUAUGAACAAGAACAUUGUGAAGCUAAUUUUCGAUAUGGUCUUGUUCGUCUUCGUGAUCAUGCAGAAUCUAUUGCUUUCUAUCGAAGUGAAUCAAAUGAACAGACAUCAUUAUCAACAUUAUAUCUUGAAUUAAUAACAAAUUUUCGUCGAAUUAUUCAUCGAAAAUUAGCACUGAAUUGGUUCGAUUCAUUUUAUACAACAACAGCACGUGUUUUUCCAUAUCUUGUUGCAUCUCAUCGAUAUUUUUCAAAACAAAUUACAUUUGGUCAUUUAGAACAAAUAGCAACUGCAUUCUCAAGUGUACAUAGUGCUCUUUCAUUUAUACCAAAUUCAUAUGAAACUAUUGUACAAUGGCGAUCCGCUACAAAACGAUUGACUGAAUUUGAAUAUACUUUAAAUGAAUUACAAUUAGCUAAACAAAAUUCUAAAAUUAAAUUUAUUUAUGUAUCAAAUGAACAAUCGACACAUAUUGAAAAUUUAACUAUUCAAUUACCAUUAAAAAUCGGGGAAAAUGAUGGACAAAUACUUAUUAAACAUCUUAAUUUAGUACUUGAACCUCAUCAAGCUGUACUCAUAACAGGCAAGACUGGAUCUGGAAAAUCGACAUUCCUUCGAACUCUUGCUGGUAUAUGGCCACAUGGAUCGGGAAUGAUUACUUUUCCUGUUGGUGAUACAGUGGCUUUCGUUCCUCAAAAAGCGUAUUGUCCACUUGGUUCACUUCGUCAUUGUUUAACAUAUCCAUCGAUAUCAUUUUCGUCUAUUGAAGAAGAUAAAAAAAUUCGAAAUAUUCUAAAUCUAUGUCAAAUGAAAUAUUGGUCGAAUAAUCUCGAUGAAGUUCAGGAUUGGUCACGAGUUCUUUCGUUAGGCGAACAACAAAAAAUGGCAUUUAUUCGUAUUUUGUAUUUAAGACCAAAAUGGUUAUUUUUAGAUGAAGUCACAUCGUCAUUAGAUGAACAAGCUGAAACAUAUUUAUAUUCAAUAUUAAUGCAAGAAUUAGCGAAUCAUUCAACUAUUAUAAGUAUAGGACAUCGAAAUAACUUAAGACAAUUUCAUCAAUUAGAAUUAGUAUUAAAUGAUGGAAAUGUAACAAUGAUGUCUAUAUAA